ACCCUUGAAUCAAGAUGGCGGAUUGUGUAAAUUUUGUCCCAAAAUCCUGUAGAACUUUGAAACACACAGUGUAACGGUGCAGACAAAUAGAUACUGAAAUGCGUGACUUUUAAUGAAACAUGAUAAAUUUGUCUGUUUAUUAACGGAGUGUCAUUGUCCACAUAUUAUUCGUUACUUUGCUGUAAUAAGAGAUUUUGGCAGGUGCGACGAAAAACAAACAAAAUCUGGUGAAAGUAUUUUUCUGGUAGAAUGAUGGCAGGACAUUUAAACCAGUCAAAAGACUCUGACUCCGAGGUACAGUUUCGUGAGGUUAAUCCAGUGAGACUUGAAAGUUUGAAUCUUGGUUUGAGGGCUUCCAAGAUGGCUGUUGAUCCAGAAAUUCGAUUUACAAAGCUAGAAAAAAUUGGGAAAGGAUCUUUCGGUGAAGUGUUUAAAGGAAUAGACAAUGAGACACAGGAAGUUGUAGCAAUAAAAAUAAUAGACUUAGAGGAAGCCGAAGACGAAAUAGAAGAUAUACAACAAGAAAUCAUGGUUCUCUCUCAGUGUGAUAGUCCGUAUGUGACAAAGUAUUAUGGUUCAUAUCUAAAGGGGUCAAACCUUUGGAUUCUCAUGGAAUACCUGGGUGGCGGGUCAGCAUUAGACUUAAUGAAGGCAGGACCAUUCCAGGAAAACGAUAUAGCAAUUAUUUUACGGGAAAUUAUCAAAGGCUUAGAUUAUUUGCACUCAGAGAGGAAACUUCACAGAGACAUCAAAGCUGCCAAUGUGUUAUUAUCGGAGCAGGGAGAUGUGAAAUUAGCUGAUUUUGGAGUGGCCGGCCAGCUCACAAAUACUAUGAAUAAACGUAACACAUUCGUAGGAACUCCAUUCUGGAUGGCACCAGAAGUUAUAAAACAGUCAGCCUACGACACAAAGGCUGAUAUAUGGAGUUUGGGUAUAACAGCGAUAGAAUUAGCCAAAGGUGAACCUCCAAAUUCCGAUCUACAUCCGAUGCGGGUCCUUUUCCUCAUUCCAAAAAAUAAUCCACCACAGCUGAUAGGCAACUACAGUAAAUUGUUCAAAGAAUUUGUAGAAUUGUGUUUAAAUAAAGACCCAAAUAAUAGACCUUCAGCAAAAGAUUUAUUACGGAAUCCGUUUAUACGUAGGGCAAGAAAGACAGCAUUUUUACAAGAUUUAAUAGAUCGAUAUAAACGAUGGAAGAUUGAACGAGGCAAUCAGGAAGACUCUGAUAGCGAUGAUAGUAAUGAAGAUGUCGACUCAGGGGACGAACAAGAAAGUGUAAAAUGGCUUCUAGAUACAGUUAGAGACAACGACCCAAAUGUCCUGGAAAAAUUGAACAAUAAAAUCACAAAUGGUGAAACAGAUAAUCGAACUUCACUGCUAGGAGGGAACAAGCGCCAGGCUCCUGCCGCGCCAACAUCACAAAGUCUUAAUAAUAUUCAUGCCGCCCCACAAGUGCAACCUUAUUCUGGGCAAGCCCUGCCCCAACAUCGAACGGGCUCGCACGAGCCGUCUCAGCAGUCACGGCUUGGGUCCAAUAGCAUGCAAACCAUUCCACAAACCUCACAGCAGGUAGAUCCACGAGUAACGCAGCAGUAUAAUCCUGCUGCACGUCAUGCAGGGCCUCAGCUAGGGCCUAUAAUACAUGAACGGUCUGGCUCUGCACCUUCACUCUCUUCAGUAAAUGAUUCAAGACAAGAGCCAAGGUCAGCGCAUGUUAUACACUCGAGGAGUAGGUCUGAUAUAUCACGCGGCGGCGGCCCUGUCGUCUCUCCAAAACCGUCCUUUAAUCGGACGGGUCAGCCGAACAAUGCUGUAUAUAUCAAUCCUAACUAUGAAAACGUCCCACAGUUUUCCAGACCCAAGUCCCAGUAUGAUAUACCAAACCAUCACCCGUCUCAUGUAACUGCGCCCAGUCAGUCAUACCUCAUGCGUAGUGGGCAUGAGGGUUCACCGCACAGAUACGUUGGCGGUCAACCUCCAGUGCAGCCAAAGCCUCCCCGCCCAGGAUCUGUCGGUGAUAUGCCACAGUUGUCUGUCAGCUUAACAACUGCCAUACUCCCUCUACUUGUACAGUUAAAAGAUGAGUAUAGGGAAGAUUAUAGACGUAACGGACGUCCAGUUCAGAGAACGGAGGCUGCUGAAGAGUUGAAGAAUGCUUUUGACCUUGCCGAGAGGUCGUGUCCCGGUAUUGCUGAUGAGCUGGUGACUGGCAUCCUUAGCAAACUCGGUAGUCUUACAAUGUCGGACAGUGACAUAAGACGUGCAGUGGAUAAAGUAAAGAGACCAGUGUAGUACAACGUGAAGAGUUUGUCAUCAUCCAUUAUACCUGUCCAUUCCAUAAAGUGUACAUAUAUCUUCGUACCAAGUUUGAGCUGGGUGCAGGCUGCACAGCGAUCACAGAACUGGGGAACCAGCUGUAUCCAAUAUUACCAGUAGAGUUAGUUCCCUUGCCUUCCAUGCAGGGUUACCUACCCUGCCACUUAUCAUGUGGCCACAGUUAGUGGCUUAUUACUAUGUUUUAAUCUAUUUCAAUAUGUAUUCCAAGUGGAAUUUGUAAAAAAGAAAACUAGACAACAAAAGCAAUGUGCCAAUUGACGUGAAAGACUAAUAGCGGGAAAUCUUUAUGAAGACAGGAUAUAUUCAAACAGAAGUGUUCUAUCAUAUGAAGAAAGUGUUUCUGUUCGGAUUUGUGUGUAGCUAAAGCUGUCUGAACAACAUUAACCAAGUAGGGUAGUCACUUUAAGAAAAUGUACUCACUUAACGAUUCCACUAUUCGGUAUAUGUUGCCGCUACUUGGAAAACGAUUCCAUAAUUACUAGGAAGGAGAGAGCCUGCGGAAUGCUGGCUGGAUUUCCUGUUUAAUAAUUCAUAUUACUUGUGUGAUGGAGGUAAUGUGCCAAUAUUCAUGAAAUAUCAUCUGUUGCUGUGUAGAACCCGUGACGAUGCACUUUAGUAUAUAUUGAAGGUUAAAAAAAAAAUGACAAAGUCAUUUGUAAAAAAUUCAUUUGUAAAUUAAAGGCAUCACUGAAAGCA